AUGCCAGCCGACGACUACGACGUCCGCGCGUUAGCCCUGCCCCUCGAAGACGAAGAAACAGGCGAAACACCAGUAUGGAGUCGCCGCUCGACAUCCUCCUUCCGCCGGACGCCAUCGCAUCACGGCCAGCAGUCGAUGCGCCAGAGGAUCAUGACGAGCUACGACAAGGCAUCGCGGCGCGUAAUGGAGCAAUACAACAAGCUCACGGUCCUGCAGAAGGUGCUGCUUCUCCUGGCGACUAUCUUACUGGUAGUGUUUGGAAUACUGUUUUUGAUAUACAAUGAGCGCAUAUUCGGAAAGUUGGUCCCUGUCGCGAAGAAAUGGCGAGACAUACGAGCUGGCUGGCUGAUCCUCUGGGCCUUGAUCUUCGCCGUGUCUUUCCCGCCAUUAGUCGGGCACGGCACGCUCAUGACCAUUGCAGGCUUCGUCUACGGCUUUCCAAACGGCUGGUACAUUGCCGCCUCCGCCACCAUCCUCGGCUCAACCGCCUCCUUCAUCGCCUCGCGCUCGCUGCUCAAAUCCUUCGUCGACCGCCUAAUCAAAGGCGACAAGCGCUUCGCCGCCCUGGCCCUCACCCUCAAACACGACGGGCUCAAACUCCUCGUCAUGAUCCGCCUCUGCCCCCUCCCCUACUCCCUCUCCAACGGCGCAAUCGCCACCUUCCCCACCGUCCACUGGGCCAGCUACGGCCUGGCGACCGCCAUUAUUUCCCCCAAGCUCAUGCUGCACAUCUUCAUCGGCAGCCAGCUCGAGAAAAUCGCAGAGUCCGGCGGCAAAAUGGACCCAAAGACAAAGGCCAUAUCUUACCUCUCAAUCGGCAUCGGCGCGAUCGCAGGUAUCGUCACCGGCUGGUUCAUGUACAAGAAAACCCGUGAGCGCGCCGCGCAACUCGAGGCCGAAGAGCGUGCGGGUAUUCGCCGCGCGAGUAUCGAGGAUUUGGAGCGCGAGUACUCGGAUGACCCAGAAGCGUUGGGGGCCGCGGAGACGUUGAGGGAGGAGGAGGAUGAUAUUAGCUUGAAUACCACGUGGGAUGACGAGUAUCAUGACGAGCCGGUAGUCACAGAGGACGAUGCGAUUGAGAUUGGGGAUGAUCCGUUCAAGGAUGGGGAUGGGGAUGCGAGUGAAGAUGAGGAGAGGGGGAAGAAGUAG